UCGUGGCUUUCCGCUCUGUUUACAAGCCUGCGUGAUCCUUCACUCUUUUAAUGUCAACCUGCUCCUUCUUCCUCGGCAGACAGGAGAGACAGUCAGAACAGAACCGCAGCGCAGCGCUCAGAGAGGACACGGACAUAGAGUUGCUCUCUACAGAAACCAACCUUCGCAUGGCUAGGCGGCCAAGACACAGUGUGUAUAGUAGUGAAGAAGAUGAGGAGGAUAUUGAGAUGUAUGAACACGACUACGAUGGACCGCUGGCCAAGGAAGCAAAACGCCAUCAAGGGAAAACACGCUGGACAAGAGAAGAGGAUGAGAAGUUGAAGAAGCUGGUAGAACACCAUGGUUGCUCAGACUGGAAACUCAUCGCCAGCUUCUUACCUAACCGUACAGAUAUGCAGUGUCAGCACCGCUGGCAGAAGGUUCUCAACCCUGAACUCAUCAAAGGACCCUGGACCAAGGAGGAGGACCAGAGAGUGAUUGAACUAGUCCAGAAGUAUGGAGCCAAGCGUUGGUCGGUGAUCGCCAAGCACCUGAAGGGUCGGAUAGGGAAGCAGUGCAGAGAGCGCUGGCACAACCACCUGAACCCCGAGGUGAAGAAGACUUCCUGGACCGAGGAAGAGGACCAGAUCAUCUACCAGGCCCACGAGAAACUGGGCAACCGUUGGGCCGAGAUCGCCAAACUGCUGCCUGGCAGGACUGAUAAUGCUAUCAAGAACCACUGGAACUCUACGAUGCGUAGGAAGGUUGAACAGGAGGGUUACCUUCAGCCCUCCUCCCACUCCAUCGCCCCCGGUUACGCCAAGGCCAACCACCACAACGUGGGCUUCCAUCACCACUCCCCUCUCCCUCCCCUCUCCUUCCUCACGGGCACCUACCCCUAUAUUCCGGAUCAUAGGGUUCCCUUUCCCCUAGCGCUGCACGUCAACAUCUUGAACAUUCCACAGCACAGAACAGCUGCUAUACAGAGACAUUAUAGUGAGGAGGACCCAGAGAAGGAGAAGAGGGUGAAGGAGAUUGAGCUGCUGCUGAUGUCAACAGAAAAUGAGCUGAGGGGACAGCCUGCACUACCUAUCAUUCCAUUCUCCAGCUGGGGGAGUCGUUCAGAGAGCCGAGGUCAUCACUACCAGGCCACCGCCCCCUCCCUCUCUGUAGAGAGCACCUCCCACAGCGGCAGCAACAACAAUAACAACAACAAUAACAACAACAACAACAACAGCAACAGUCACCAUGACAGCCACGCCCUCUCCAACCUCCCGGAGUUCAUGGAGUCAGUCAUGGACUCGCUUUUCAACCAAUCAGACAACCACAGCUUACCAAUGAGCUCCCAGAAACCCCUGGUGGUCACACCUCCACCCCGACACCAGAAAGAGAACGGCAUGUACAGGACUCCUACUAUCCGUCGUUCCCUCCUGGAGUUGUCUCCUGGUACUCCGACCCCGUUCAGGUCUUCCAUGGUAGAGUGUAUAAAACAGGAACCUAUAGAGUGUGUUGUCUCAGUUGGAGGCUCCCCGGACCAACAGCCGACCUUAAAGAAGAUCAAACAAGAGAUGGAGUCUCCCUAUCUGCAGUGGGAGGGGCCAGACAUCCAUGGCCAGCUCUUCUCCCCAUCCGGCCCCGCACAGGAAGUACCUGAUCUGCUGACUAGUUCUGUACAGAAUGAAGACGGACACAAACCUUACCACCUCCCCCGUCGGUCUCUGGGCAGCCCACUACAGCAGCUCAACACUUGGGACCAAGUGGCUUGUGGGAAGGUGGAGGACCAAGUCUUGGCUUUAGAGCAAAACCAUAAAUACAUCUCCACUUACUCUGCUAGGACCUUGGUCGUGUAAUAUUCACACACACACACACACACAGACAGACAGACAGACAGACAGACAGACAGACAGACAGACAGACAGACAGACAGACAGACAGACAGACAGACAGACAGACUCGCUGGAUUCAACUGACCAAAGACUUUAAUUUGUUAAUUUCUAUUUCAAUUUUUUUUGUAUUCAUAGGUUGCAUGUUUUGUCACAAUAUUGUUCUGAACUGACGCCUGACUGAGCAUUCUACUCAAACCAUCGUCAAUGGUGAAGAUUUAAUCCAAAGUGUAUUACAGUGGCUUGGAAGUACAAUGCCAUUCAAAAGGAGGCAUUGAAUGAGUAGAAAAACCUUUUGUCAUCGUUUUGAUGUCGCCAGAUUGACUUUAGAUGUAGUUUAACGUUAGCUAGCUAGCUAAGAUUUGAUGACAUGAUAAUGCUGGCAAAGUUGGGGGGGUUUUCUACUAAAUAUUUGACUACUUUAGCAAUGUCAUCGUAUUUCCAGCCACUAUACUAACAGUAGUUAGCCUCCGUCCAGAAUGACUGGGCUGAUCACCACUUUAGGGCUCCACUAUGGCGCUGCCGAUAGAGGGCGGCUUGAGAACGAUCAUUACAACGACAUGACGCGACCGAGAGACAGAGGUGCAACCUAUGAAUGGUUUUGUUAUUAAUGUGGAUCCUGUGGGUAGUUUGUGGUAUUGAAUGUUGUAUUAUAAAACAGGGAGACAAAUGAUGUGCCUAUAAUUUGAAUAAUAAUUGGACUGUGUUUUUAAUAAUUCUAAGUUUUUAAUAUUUGAAUAUAAAAAAAAAAGCUGAUUUAAUUUAUUUGCUUUAUUUCGACAAAGACGUUGUUUUUUUUUGUUUUUUUUAUACCGCCGGCCUAUCGAGCGACAGUGUUUAAAACCCUUGACCCUUGACCCCUGACCCUAGCAUUAUUACGGGUUAAAACCAAUAAAAAAAAGUACUAAAUAUGAAUCAACGAUCGCUACCCCUCUGUAUUCCACUCACAAUACACCUUUAACCUGUUGAGAGGCCUUUAGAAAAGCCCAUGUCAUGCUGAUAUGCGUGUUCUGCGAUAUCUGUUAGCCUUAACGUUUCACUGCUAGACAUUAAGAAGUCUAUUGUCAGCUCUUAUGUCAACCUUAUGAAUGGUUAUGAAUGAUCAUGUGAUGCUUAUGUGACAAUUGGGACAGUCCAUUUAAAGUGUUAACUAAUUAAACAAAGCUGGAAACAAACAGUAGGGUUGUGUCCCAAAUGGCUCCCUGUUCCCUUAAUGUGUACUACCUUUGACCAGGAAUAGAGUGACAUUUUUAGACGCACUCUCGUUUUUUAUAACCUGUAUAACCUAUAUUUUACUGUUUCCUGUCUUGAUACCAUGUCAUAAAGGGGGAAACAUUUCCAUUGAGCAAAAAAAUGUAUUAAUAUUAUUGUUGUUUUAUUACUUUUGAUAAAGUCAACCCCCUAAAGUCUUACACUGAGUUUACUGCGGAGUUCUCAAAGCAUCAAACUAUGACCCAAUCCCAAACUGAGCCCUAGACCCUACGUCCUAUGAUCGUCCCCUAGACCCUACGCUCUAUGCGUCCUAUGCAGCUCUGAGAUGAUUUCACAGGUGUAAGCAAUAUGUGACUGACCGGCUCAAUUCGGUCUUGAUGUAGCAAAAUUUAAAAUUGUGUUUUUUUACAUUGGAUUAAAGUAGAGACUCAGAGCUAGAAAAUGGUUUAUCAUACACUACAGUUGAGGAACAAUGGGAAAGUUAUUUUGCUUUGAAAGUUGAUAAACUUGUAAACUCACUUUUAUGAGAAAAUGUCCCGUAAAUGUUUUGGUACCUACUGGAGAGCUCUUCUUUGUCUACACCCAUUGAGCAUCGUUCACACCCUCUUAAGCUUUAGCCCCACCCAUCUCUUUAAUGGUUGAUCUGAGCGUUCUGUCCUAACAACAUCAGUCAGGCACCCAAGCUAACUGGCUAACGUUGGCUAUCUGGCUAACGUUGGCUAACUGGCUAACGUUAGCUAACUGGCUAAUGUUGGCUAACAUGCUACCUACUUCCUGACACAAAAUAACAGCUCACUGAACAUUACUCGCCCUAGCAGAGCUGAUUAGGCUGUAAUGUUAUCCAGAACGUUGGUGACUGCAACUGUGCUGUCAGAUUGUCCAUUGGUAAAUUCAGAGUGUUUCGCUGUUGGAACGUUCAGAGCGCACAUUGCACGCUCUGGACGAGGAGUAGGGUUGAUCCGAACAUUCUGACCUCACAACUGCAGUCAAGCACCCAAGCUAACUGGCUAAUGUUGGCUAGCUUGCUAACUACCACUUUCUCCUAUCAGAUGCCAUGGUAGCCCUUAGUUUGAAGAUGUAAUCCGGAGGCAGGUGUUUUCGCCAUCUCUUUAGCUAUCAUACUCGAAUUCCACUGAUCUCAAAACUCAGUCCUCCAGAAAGUGGAGAGCAUACACGUAAUGUUAGCUAGCGAGCCAUCCAGCUAACGUUAGCUAGCUAACAGUACAUUUUAACUUGACAUUAGACUUAUGCAGUUUUACUAAGCGAUACAUUUAAAAAAAAAGCUGCAUUAGACAGGAUUACCCUUUUUCUGUGGCUAAACCAACUAGGCUCAUAAUUUAACAAUGUUAUUCGUAUUUACCCCCGAAGUUUGUUAUUAAGGCACAUGAAAGUUCACAUAUUCGAUAAGGGAUUUCUGCCCCCCCCCCAAAAAAAACGCAUUUAGAUUUAAAAAAAAUUCAAAAAACGUUCAAACGGCUCUCGUUUGUAGUCGCGACCUGCAACAUACACCUAGUGUCCUGAAACUGGUCACAUGUGGUAAUAAUUAGUUGAUUAGACCCAUCAAAUCAUCUCAGAUCUCCAAAAGAGAGGGCUUAGGGUCUAUGGCUCCAUUUGGGAUUGGGCCUACGAGCUGAACCCAGUAAAAUGUUUUAAAGCUGCACUUGAAUGACAAGAGUUUUCUUUUCUCCCUCUGUGAACACUGUUAUUAUUCUAAUUAUUAUGAAUAUUAUUACUACAAACUUAGGCCCAAAGUAUCUCAAUGUUUGGUAAACAUGUCUUUAAAAAUAUUUCUUUUCAUACUUUGUUGGUUACUUUUUUCUAACGCCAUGUUUUUAUACUAAGACUGCAGUAGCCAAUCAGCAUGUUCGAUACUAAGACUGCAGUAGCCAUUCAGCAUGUUCGAUACUAAGACUGCAGUAGCCAUUCAGCAUGUUCGAUACUAAGACUGCAGUAGCCAAUCAGCAUGUUUUGAUACUAAGACUGCAGUAGCCAAUCAGCAUGUUUUGAUACUAAGACUGCAGUAGCCAAUCAGCAUGUUUUGAUACUAAGACUGCAGUAGCCAAUCAGUGUGUUUGAUACUGAGACUGCAGUAGCCAAUCAGUGUGUUUGAUACUGAGACUGCAGUAGCCAAUCAGCGUGUUUUGAUACUAACAGGAGGAAAUCCUUUUAAUAUUUGAUGCCUUUCCUUUUUUUUAGUACAAAUAUAUUUUAUAAAAGCAUUUUAAAAGCCCAUGUUUUAAUAAAUUUUAUUUUAAACUACUUUUAUAUACUGCCUAGUCAAUAAAGUGUGUAUUUUGUAAAUGCU